AUGGACACUUCGCGGCUGCCCGGGCGUCCUGGGGUCUUGCUUCCCAAGUUAGCGCUGCUCUUGGUCUGUGCAGGUGAUUGUCUGGCUCAGUGUGGCAAAGACUGCAGAUCUUACUGUUGUGAUGGGACCACACCCUACUGUUGCUCCUAUUAUGCCUACAUUGGAAAUAUUCUCUCAGGCACUGCAAUUGCUGGCAUUGUGUUUGGGAUCGUAUUCAUCAUGGGGGUCAUCGCCGGAAUUGCCAUUUGCAUCUGCAUGUGUAUGAAGAACAACCGGGGCACCCGUGUGGGCGUUAUCAGGACCACUCAUAUCAACACCAUCUCCUCCUACCCUGUGGCACCACCCCCAUACAGCUGCGACUACGAGAUGGAAUACUGUCGAGACUUACCCCCUCCCUACUCCCCAACUCCACAGACAUCAGCACAACGCUCUCCACCCCCUCCUUAUCCUGGGAGUUCAAGGAAAUAA